GAUGACCCGCUCCGCCAGUGGCUGUCGGAUCGGCCGGGAUUUCUACAUGAACUGUUGCGGUCCGAGGGACGAGGAGAGUACGCGGGGGAAGAGAUUUGUAGCAGAUGUUGCGUGUCCCCACCAACGCACAGGUGCAAAGACUGCUUCAGCAGUCGCCUGUACUGUUGCGGGUGCAUGGUUGAAACACACCGCAAGCAUCCGCUUCACAGAAUGGAGCGCUGGAACGGAACGUUCUUUGAGCGGGACGCGCUCAAGAACAUGGGGCUCGUUGUGCAGCUCAACCACCCCCCGGGGGAGCCGUGCAUGAAUCCGAAGGCUGCAUGGAAGGGGAACUUCACGGUAAUUGAUGUAACCGGCAUCCACAAUGUCCACGUCAAUUACUGCCAAUGCCAGAAGCGUAUCAGGCGCUUUCAGCAGCUUCUACGCGCGUCUUGGUACCCUUCGACAACGUCUCGCCCGAAGACUGCAGCCACCUUCAACGUACUAGAGCAAUACCAUCUCCUGUCAUUCGAGUCCAAGGCUUCGGCGUACGAGUUUUACUCGUCCUUAGUUCGUAGAACAAAUAAUAUGGGUGUCCCGCUUUCUAAGGACCGCUACGAUCAGUUCCUGCGGAUGGUUAGAGAGUGGCGUCACCUCAAGUUGCUCAAGCGCUCAGGAAUCGGGCCAGAUGCUCCACUGGAUGACCUCCCCGAGGGUUCGUGCGCUGUCACAUGCCCUGCUUGCCCGCAGCCUGGCCGCAAUCUUCCCGAGGGCUGGGAGAAGUCAGGAAAACUCCGAUGGCUAUAUUCAUUGUUCGUCGCGAUUGACGCGAACUUCCGCCUCAAGCGGAAAGACCACUCUAAGACUGCGUCGGAUCCGCCUCUGGGCAGCGGGCUCAGCUACUUCGUGAAGGACGGGCCCUACCAGGAUUGGCUGACCUCCAGCGCACAAGAUACUCAGGAGAAAAGUUCAUGCUCGAGUCAUAAGGCGGUGAAUAUGGCUAACUCAAAGUUUACGCAAGGACUUGCCGUUACUGGGGUCGCCACCGUAGACUGUGCACGACACGGAUUUAAGCUGCCGUGUGGGGUAGGGAAUUUGCUCUGGGGAGAAAGACAAAUCAACAUCGACUACAUCGUAUUCUCCGCCCUCCGGUUCACAUCAGUCAAGGAUAUCAACUUCUCGUACGACAUUGCUUGUCAAUGGAGCAAGAAUCUCUGGUCCCGAGUCGCCCGCCUCCCUUCAUACCUUUCCUUCAACCCCGUCACCAAGUUCAUCCGGUUCUUUGUCCCGAAGUUCCAUCUACCCGCCCACGUCGCUUGA